AAAUAAUGAUAAUAAUAAUAAUUGCUAAGAGCAGAUCAUCAUCCAGAGAGCGCCUAGCAGAUCAGUUGUCUGUCUCCGACAGAAGUGCAUUUGGGAGCUUUGGACAUGUCAAGUGGAUCCGUGAGGCGGGUUUCUCGUGAAGAUAUCCAGACGGUGCAAAAUCUCAUAGAACGAUGUCUACAACUAUACAUGAGCCCAAAAGAAGUUGUUGAAACACUACUAGCUCAAGCAAAAAUUGAGCCUGGUUUUACCGAACUUGUUUGGCAAAAGCUCGAAGAAGAAAAUCAAGAAUUCUUCAAGGCUUAUUAUUUAAGGUUGUUAUUAAAGGAGCAAAUAACAGAGUUCAACAGGUUGCUGAAGGAACAUGCUGAACUAAGUCAGCUACACUCAACUUCAGUUGCAUCACUGCCUAACUCUAAUGGUUCACAUAUUCCCGCGUUAGCCCAGAACCUGUCUUGCUACGCUGCUGAGCAAGGCAGAGCAGCUAUGAAGCCAGAAAAUAUUCAAUGUACUGUUGAUUCCAGUCUACAUAAUGUGUUUAAUAAUGGUGCAUCAUCACUCCACACUAAUAUGCAUGCUGUGGUUGAGAUGUCAACUCAUAGAAAUAGGAUUGACAGCCCUCAAAGCAUGCUUUCAACUCAAAGCUCUAGCAUGGGUUUGGUGCCAGGAAUUAAUGGGGGAAUGAUCAAAUCAGAACCUGGAUAUUCAGGUAGUUCUCCUUACAUUUUUGCUCCCGAUGGCACAGUCCUGGAGGCAUGCCCAACUAUUGGUGAUGCAUCAGUUACGUCAUUCACUAGUGUAGACUCGAACUCUCAUUCUAUGAAUGGGGCACUCCUGGACCCAGACAUUCCUUCAUUUGGAGUUUUGGGUCAGAUUUCUAGAAAUCUCAGCCUCUCAGAUCUGACUGCUGAUUUUUCUCAGAGUUCUGACAUAAUUGAGAGCUAUCCAAGGUGUCCCUACCUGGCUACCCCUAAUGAGAACUUCCUUGAAAGAGGAGAACAAGGUUGAAGAGCAUACUUAAAAAGAAGUGCGCUUGUAAAUACAAGUUUGACAGAUUUUGAAAUUCCAAUGUGUAUGGGUGUAUAGGAGUCACUAACUUCAUUUUGAUGGGAAAAGAUUUGGAAGCGUUUGCAUGGUCUUUACAAAUAAUGGAUCCUUUAUUAUUUUGGUUUAUUCUUCAUUUGUUCGUUUUAGUACUUUGCUUUUCAUUGAGUGAAUUUAAUGGAUAUUACUGGUAUUAGUAUAGGAGAAAUAGGAAAAUUC